CUCUGGCCUCUCUUUCUCUCACAAUCUAAUCUUCUUCUUCGUCUUCAAACUCAAUCUAGGGUUCUCUUCUCCUCUCUGUAGGUAGGAUUUUGAAAACUCAAUCUCUCUCUGAAUUUCUCUUGCUCAACGUAUCAUCCCGCAGUUCGUCUCUCGUUUUCCGUCUCGUGGAUAUCGAAAUCUCAUUAUCCCAAAGGUAAAACAAUCAAUUCAGGGAUUCGAAUUUUGGAUCCAUAGGAUCUCGUCAAUUGAAACAAUUCCGAUGGCGUUAGCUAUGAAGCCAUUCAGAGCCGAUGAUUCCGGUUUCCAAUCGAAUAACCUUUGGGUCGGUAGCCUUACGCCGGAAACGACAGAGUCAGAUCUGACCGAGUUGUUUGGAAGAUACGGCGAUAUUGAUAGAAUCACGGUGUAUUCUUCGCGUGGCUUUGCGUUUAUCUACUACAGACAUGUGGAGGAAGCUGUGGCAGCGAAAGAGGCUCUUCAAGGAGCGAAUUUGAAUGGAAGUCAAAUUAAGAUCGAAUACGCACGACCGGCAAAACCUUGUAAGAGUCUUUGGGUGGGUGGAAUCGGCCCUAGUGUCUCCAAGGAUGACCUGGAGGAAGAGUUCAGCAAGUUUGGGAAAAUCGAGGAUUUUAGGUUUCUCAGAGAACGCAAGACAGCUUUCAUUGAUUAUUAUGAGAUGGAUGAUGCUUUACAGGCUAAGAGCAUGAAUGGAAAGCGAAUGGGUGGUAGCUUUUUGCGUGUUGAUUUUCUCCGGUCACAAGCGCCAAGAAAAGAACAAUGGGCUGGCUCUUAUGAUAACAGGAAUGGCAAUAUGAAUCAUAAACCGCAGCAUCCUCACUCAUAUGACGACGGUAAAGGAGAUGUCCAGCCAAGUAAGGUUCUGUGGAUUGGGUACCCUCCUAAUGCUACACAAUGCAAUGAUGAGCAAAUGCUGCACAAUGCAAUGAUACUCUAUGGUGAGAUCGAGAGGAUAAAAUGUUACCCAUCAAGUCAUUUUUCACUUGUGGAGUUUAGGAGCGCGGAGGAAGCUCGCCAUGCCAAGGAAGGGAUACAGGGGAGGUUAUUCAAUAAUCCUAGAAUCAAAAUUAUGUACUCAAACGAUGAGUUGCCUCCUGAGCAAGACGAUACCAGUUUUUACUCUGGUAUGAAACGGUCAAGGACAGAUAUGUUCAACAAUGAUCCGUCCUUUGUAUCUUCUCCUCAUUCUACUGGAAUUCCUGGGUCUAUGAGGCCUCUCAGAGGUAGCAUUGAGCGUUCAUAUAAUGGUUCAGAAUACAAUGACGUUGUUGGUAAGGAGCCAAACUGGAGGAGGCCAUCUGCAAAUGGAACUGGAAUACUCCCAUCUCCAACAGGACCUGGAAUCCUCCCAUCUCCUGCACAAGGUAUGAGGCACCCUAUGAGGUCAAACCCCGGUUCUUGGGAAGAAUAUGAUCCUGCUCAGUUGGACAGAGAAAGUAAACGAACCAGAAGAGAUGGAUCAGUGGACGGUUUUACUCCAAUGGCUGUCGAUGAGAGAUCAUUUGGGCGAGGCUCAGUUGCUGCUAGGCCUAUCCGUGGCCCCCCUGAUUCUGAUUACAUAUGGAGAGGAAUGAUUGCCAAGGGUGGAACUCCUGUCUGUUGUGCUCGUUGUGUACCUAUGGGAAAGGGAAUUGAAACUAAACUGCCUGAGGUCGUCAAUUGUUCAGCAAGAACUGGUUUGAAUAUGCUCGCCAAACAUUACACCGAUGCCAUUGGAUUUGAGAUCGUUUUCUUCUUACCAUACAGGCAAGAAGAUUUUGCGUCUUACACUGAAUUUCUCCGCUACCUUAGCUCAAAAGAUCGGGCGGGUGUUGCCAAAUUAGAUGAUGGUACAACUUUAUUCUUGGUUCCUCCAUCAGAUUUCUUAACUGAUGUACUCAAAGUGUCCGGUCCAGAACGGCUAUAUGGUGUUGUUCUCAAGUUGCCCCCACCAGCCGUUCCUGUUACAGCAUCAUACAGACAAGAGUCUCAGUCCAAUCCUCUGCAUUAUAUGGAUCAAGCCCGGGAUUCACCUGCCAAUGCCAGUCACAGUUUAUAUCCUCCUAGGGAAAAUUACAAUAGGGUUGCACUAGAACAUCUGACAGCUGCUUCAAAACCAUCGGUUAGCGAGCCUCUCAGAAUACCUAAUAAUGUAGCGCCUCAAGCUGGGGUUAGUUUAACUCCGGAGCUUUUAGCCACUCUGGCAUCUAUUCUCCCUGCAACUUCUCAACCUGCUGCCCCUGAGAGUCACCAACCUAUAUCAGGACCUUCAACAGUUGUUUCCACAGUACCUCAAUCCAAUGGACUGUACAAUGGAGAAGCACCGUCUCAAGCUUGGAAAAGAGGUCCACAAACAGUUCAUGAUGCACCAAAUCAGUCAUUCCAACAAUACGGAAAUCAAUACACUCCAGCUGGGCAACUACCUCCUCCUCCUGCGCGUUAUCCUCCAGCUUCAAACAACCCCAACUACUCUAGUGGAAUGGUCCAUGGCAACAUGCAAUACCAAGGCCAAUCUGUUAACAUACCUCAGCUGUCUCCGUUACCAAAUAUGCCUCAUAAUAAUUAUUCCAUGUACAGUCAGGGUUCGACAAAUCAUCAUGUUUCUCAGCCCAUGACACAGCAAUACCAACCAGAAGCUUCCGUGCCAAACCAAAACUAUGGUCCAAUUCCAAGUUAUCAGCAAGCAAAUUAUCAUGGCGUAACAACAAAUCAGGCACAUAACUUAAAUCCUUCCCAAUUUCAAGCUGCCAUGCAACCACCAGUAGACAAGGCAAACUUAGAGCCACAAAACCAAGCACCACAAUUGCAGCCUCUGAUCUCUGGGGCUGGACAGGGUACAACAGAUGGGGAGGUCGAUAAGAACCAGAGAUACCAGUCAACACUACAAUUCGCAGCAAACCUUCUUCUCCAGAUACAGCAGAAGCAGCAGCAACAGUCUUCAGGUACUCCGGCUGGACAGGGGCCUUGAAACUAACUCCACUCACCAUCAUUAUCUGCAAGGUGGUGAUUUGAGAGCUAAAACUUGCCUGACCAAGAGAGAGGCUUUGUGCUAUAGUAACAAGUUUACGAACCAGUCCUACAGAUGCAACCAAACGCUCAUCUUCGUUAGACUUCUCCUGCGGCGUUUAGAUAAAAAAAGGCUGUAUAAAAUGAAUGUGAUUCU